AUGAUAAUAGAUUCUUGUUGUCAUGUAGAAUUUUGCAAAAGAUUCGUUCAAAACGAUUACAUCAACCAGAUUGGGCAUAGCUGCUUAAACAUGACAGAAAUCGUAAAAGACAGUUCUUUGGUGAAGAUAAAAGUUCUGUUUUUUGCACGUGCGCGUGAUCUUACUGGCUUGAAUGAGGUACCAUUGGAAGUGUCAUCUGGGAGUACUACUCAAGAUUGUUUGAAAAAGCUUCUUGUUCAAUUUCCGCGCUUGGAAGAAAUACAAGGAUGCAUGGUUCUGGCUCUGAAUGAGGAGUAUACAUUGGAUUCAACCAUUGUUAAAGACAAGGAUGAGUUGGCCAUUAUACCUCCAAUAAGUGGUGGAUGA